AUGAAUACAAAAACAUUAUUAGGAAAUGUGUUAUCAGUAUUAAUUUUUUGUUAUUCAUCAGGACAAAAGACGACAUCACAGAAUCCAGCGCUGGUGUGUCCAUCGCUCGACAAUGGAGAUAGUUACACGCAGUCCGAGUUCAUGUCGAGGCUGGCGAACGAGUGCCGCUACGACCGGCUGUUGCUACCCACAUACCAGACUGGCGAAGUGGUGUAUGUCCACGCCAGCGCCUACAUCUACUUCAUUCAACCUGCUGAAGCACACGAUUUGAACUUCAAAUUGCACUUUCUUCUGCAACUACGAUGGACGGAUGCACGGCUUGCGUACACGCUGUAUUCACCAGAACGUACAAAAAUUAUCGGAGAGAACGACCUGCGGCAACGGAUUUGGGUGCCUCAUUUAUACAUGUCCAACGAGCAAUCGUCGAGCCUAAUGGGCACCGACAGCAAAGACGUCCUCAUCUCUAUAGCACCCGAUGGAGAGGUGUUAUUCAGUCGGCGCAUGCAAGCAGUACUUUACUGUUGGAUGAAUUUACAGAAGUUCCCAUUCGACGAUCAAACGUGUUCAAUGAAUCUGGAGAGCUGGAAAUAUAACGCGUCGAUCUUACGUUUAAUGUGGGAGAAAGAUAAUCCUGUUCGACUGUCAUCUGAGCUCCAUUUAACAGAAUAUUCCUUAUUGGACUACUGGACCAAUGAAUCAGUUGUUCGAGGUGACAUUGUCAAUAUGCGCCAGGGGGGAGCUGGAAAUUACAGUGCACUCAAAUUUACCUUUAAACUUGGACGCGAGGUUGGUUAUUACUUGAUGGACUACUUCAUUCCAUCUAUGAUGAUAGUCGCUAUGUCGUGGGUUACAUUUUGGUUGCAAGCUGAUGCUUCAGCUCCGAGAAUCACUUUAGGAACAAGUACCAUGUUAUCAUUUAUCACUCUCGCAUCGUCGCAAGCAAAAACUCUACCAAAGGUCUCUUACAUAAAAGCCAGUGAGAUUUGGUUCCUGGGUUGCACUGGAUUUAUUUUCUCAGCGCUUGUUGAAUUUGCGUUUGUCAACACAAUAUGGCGAAGAAAGAAAGUUGUAAGUCUGAAAAAGGUUAACAGUAAAUAUAUCCUAAAGAGCACGCUGACACCAAGAUUAGCGCGAAAGGAACUUCAAAAGGAGCUGCAAGAAUCUUCACCGCAUCUCAGCAAGUCGCGGUCGUGUUCGUCGUUACACCAGGAAACUAGCAGUGAUCCUGCUGGCCCAGGAUAUAACAACUAUCUUACAGUCCACAGCUUCCCAUCAGCGCUGAACUUGCCAACUAUCACAACACAAAGUUACGACGAGUUAAUAUCUGGCCAGGGUGGGCGCGGCCAGCGGUCUGGUGGUAGUGAGGGUUCUGACGAACCGCCUAAGCACCACACUUGGACUACUAUGACGCCACAGGAAAUUGCCACGUGGAUCGACAAACGCUCCCGUAUUCUGUUCCCUCUGCUAUUCAUCUUCUUUAACAUUGUGUAUUGGACAUUUGUUUACUGUCUGUGA